AUGGAAGAGCUUAAGGGCCUUAAUUUGCCAGCCUAUGAGUACCUUUCGAAGGUUGACCCUGCAACUUGGUGUAGGGGAUGGUUCAACACAUAUGCAAAGUGUGACCUCUUACACAACAAUUUGGCCGAGUGCUUCAAUUCUUGGAUCACCAAGUUCAGAGAUAAGACCAUACUGGUAAUGUUGGAAGGCAUUAGGACAAGUUUGAUGAGAAGGUACCAGCGGAAAAGGGAAAUUAUAGCUGCGAUGGAAGGCAAUGUUGGGCCAAAAAUUAAGGAGAAGUUGGAGAUAGAAGAAGAUGAGGCCGGACAUUGUACACCAACAUUUGCUGGUGAUGGUUUAUUUGAGGUCGAGUGCAGGGGUAGAAGGUAUGCUGUGAAUUUACCUGCCAAGACAUAUGGGUGCAGAAAGUGGGAUGUUUCUGGUAUCCCAUGUGCUCAUGCCAUCUCAUCAAUAUGGCACAGUGGAGGCAACCCUGAGGAUUAUCUGAGCCCAUACUUUGGCAAGGAGAUGUACCUAAAGGCAUACACACCCAUUAUCUACCCUGUACCCAGUGAGGAGCAGUGGACUAGGACAAAUCAACCCAUCAUUGAACCACCUAAGGCAAGGGCAUCUUCGGGAAGACCUAAAAAACUGAGGAACAGAGGGGCUGAUGAGACCUUAAAUCCCUACACAGUUAGAAAGGGUGGUACGAAGAACUAA